AAAUCGGCUGGGCUGAGAAAUCUACCCAAACGACUCCAAGAGUUGCUCUCCAUCGGGAUGUGUUUCAAUACGCGCUGAUGGACUUUAAAUGAAUUUGCGACCGCUGUGAACCCCUCUUUGACGGCGACUUUGAGUAUUUUCUCGUGCGCCAUUCCGAUGAACGCUGCGCCAAGAGCAGCGCUGCGUAAAGCCAAACAGCCUGUGUGGACACCAGCAGUCGAUACUCGGCGGCGUUUGUAAGCGCGAAAGAAAAGGUCUAAAUGCGAGCAAGUCCCGGAGCGUUAUUCGGAAGACAAGGCUGCUUCAGUGAGACGCAAAAGUUUAAAGAAAAGUUGAGAAAACGCUGCUCUCUUCACGUGAAUGCGCGCUUUCUGCGCAUACAUUGCUUUUAUUGAUCCGUCAGGUGAAAUCUGAAUAAAUCACAAAGAGAAGAUUCAGUCAAAGGCGCAUGAAAAUCUUUCUGCAACUACUCUUGGCUAAUAACUUGUUGAAUGAGCAGCUCGUCCCAGGAGCGCAUUUUUAAAUGAUGCUGUCUGCUGCAAAAUCCACAACUGACAGGAGAUCGAGCUAAGACAUCUGACAGCCACUGACUUAUGAGGAGUGUCACUCCUCUCUGCACAUCACAUCUGACCGUUGGUUGACCCUCUCAUCAACGCCCAACACUCGUGAAGAAGAAGCUCCCUUGUUGACACACCUCAUCAGCCAGGCAGAAGUGGCAGCAAUCAAAGACAAAAUAACUGGAUGGGGGCUAAUCGUUGCCUGAAGCUGCUCACACAAAAGUAGCAACAUGCUGCCACAGUUCCCAGAUGCACCAUUGCACCGUUCAAAGCUGCAGUUAAUUUAGAAAACUCUCGGCGAUAUUGUCAUUUCUGUGACGAAGCAGCAGCUGUAAAGACAAAAAGAAGUUCCACAGAGACCAUACAAAUCAAGAUCAGCGAUGCUUUGGCCCGUAUUGUUCACUCUGCAAGCUGUGUGCACCAGCGUGGCACAUGCCAUGCAACAUUACCCGGCGGCCUGGGGACACUAUGACGUGUGCAAGUCCCAGAUCUAUACAGAGGAGGGCCUGGCGUGGGACUACAUGGCCUGUCAGCCAGAAGCCACUGACAUGACAAAGUACCUGCGAGUGGCCCUCGACCCCCCAAAUAUCACGUGUGGAGAUCCGCCAGAAACGUACUGCGCUUUGGAGAAUCCUUAUAUGUGCAACAAUGAAUGUGACGCCAGCACCAAGGAGCUGGCCCAUCCUCCAGAGCUGAUGUUUGACUUUGAGGGUCGCAACCCCACAACGUUCUGGCAGUCCACCUCAUGGAAGAAAUACCCAAAGCCCCUCCAGGUUAACAUCACGCUGUCGUGGAACAAAACCAUCGAGCUGAUUGAUGACAUCGUGCUGACUUUUGAGUCAGGCCGACCAGAGCAGAUGGUCCUGGAAAAGUCCCUCGACUACGGCCGGACCUGGACCCCGUACCAGUUCUACGCCACCGACUGCCUGGACGCCUUCACCAUGGAACCCAAGACAGUUAAUGACCUCACCCAGCGCACCCUGCUGGAUAUCAUCUGCACUGAGGACUACUCCCGAGGCUACGUAUGGAAGAAUGACAAGACAGUACGUUUUGAGAUAAAGGACCGCUUUGCCCUCUUUGCCGGGCCACGGCUACACAAUAUGGCCUCGCUGUACGGCCAGCUGGAUACCACCAAGAACCUGAGGGACUUCUUCACCAUCACUGAUCUGAGGAUUAAGCUGCUGAAGCCAGCAACUGGAGCCACCAUGGUGGAUGAGAAUAACCUGUCCAGAUACUUCUACGCCAUCUCUGACAUCAAGGUGCAGGGCAGGUGCAAGUGUAACCUGCAUGCCAACAGCUGUGUGUUUGACAAGGGGAAGCUUGGCUGUGAGUGUGAACACAACACCACAGGGCCAGACUGCAGCCGCUGUAAGAGGCACUACCACGGAAGAGCCUGGAGUGUGGGCUCCUACCUCCCUAUACCCAAAGGAACAGCAAAUAUAUGUAUCCCCAGUAAUCAUGGACCAGUGCAUCGAGCAAAUGCUUCAUCUCUUGGUGUUGCAAAUCGUAACCAAGCUCGGGUGUGUGACAACGCGAUGCUGCGCUGUCAGAACGGUGGCACUUGCCACCACCAUCAGCGGUGCCAUUGUUCCCCCGGCUUCACGGGCGUCCUGUGCGAGAGAGUUCGCUGCCAGGGCCCCGGGGAGUGUGAUGACCAAUUGUCUGGACGGGCCUCCUUCCAUCAUCCCCCCAUCAGCCGCCAGCUCACUCUUACCCUUGUAGUGCUCCCGCUAUUGAUUGUUUCCCUUUGCUGAGAGACCUGAACGGCCUCCCACCCCUCAACCAAAACCCUAAGACCACAUAUGUUGAGACUGAACUCUCAACCUUAAGGACAUAAAGGACAAAGGAUGUGUGGACAAUGUGCUCAGCAUACAAUAUAAGCAACUCUUUUGUAUAUCCAAGGCCACAGUGGUGGGUGACAGUGUUACUAGAUGCAACAGGUUGUGCACUGAUCUGUUAUACUGAAUGCUAGAUGGAUUUAUGAAAGGCUUGUUGAAGUCACUGCUGUCUUAUAAUGUCACAGAGAGAGCAGUUGGAGCAGUUGCUUUGUGAUAAUGUCAUUGGCUGAUACUUCGUUAAAGGCAGACUGCAGACUCAGAUAGAGCUACCCACACUCUGAGAGCAAACUGUACAAAACUAGACACAUGAUUUCUAAGUAUCAUCUGAAGUUAUUAAAAAAUAAUAAUGUGGACGGGGACAUCUUAAAACAUCUUGCCUCACUGCCUCCCUCCUUACUUGCUUCUCUUCUUUCCUCACUCUUCCCCUUUCCCUUCACCCUCUCCUCCCUGUGCUUUGGUGACUCUGGUGAUUUUACUUUGCUGAAGGGUGUCUGUUUUGCCAAAUGCUGCACAUGUAUUAUUAUCAAGCCCCUCUACAAGUACCAAUCUAGUCCUUCUUCUUUUUUCUUUCUUCAGAGGCUUUGUAGUCAUGCUUGAGCUCACCUGUACGGGGGGGGAAAAAAGUUGUAACAUACUGUAACUGUAUUUAAUUUUUGUAUAAAACAGAUAUUUUCAUGACUACGCGAAACAAAAAAAUGUAUUACUUGUUUUCUAUUGCUGCCGACCUGUCCUAGAUGUGGACUAUGAGUGCGCAAAGAGUUUGGUUGUAUUAUUUCUUUGCUUGUGUGGCACGUGGUUCUCUUCAUUUGAGAGCUGCUGUCAAAACUAUGUUUACAUACACACUUACACAAUACACUUCCACCAAAGGGAAAAAGAAAAACAUGUCUCUGUCUUGUUGUUGAACAGUAGUAAUUUUAUUAAGUAGUGACAUGACAUUUGAGACAAGAUGUGUCGAGUGAAACAGUGUAUUGUUUGUAGAUAAGUACAAGGCAAUGACAAUAGCUGAAUGUCAUUUUGAAGGAUUUUUUUGAAAGCUAUCGAUGCCAAUCGUUGACCUGUUCACUGAAGCAACAGUUGCUGGUAGCAAUAUAUCAGUCAACAAAUGAAUCCCUAUAUGACUACAGCUGUUUUUUUUUUCUAAUGUGUUGUACCCAUCCUUGUUGUGCUCAUGAAACAUGGGAGAAUCAGAAGAAUCUCAAGCCAAAAUCCCAUCUGCUUUAUGUAAAUUUAACAAGAAGACAUGGGGGCGGGGGGACUGCACGGCUGUCGCAGAGGUUGUCCAGCUCAAAUCUGUAAUCAAAUCUAAUCCUUGAAUCAAAUGGAAAGAGGGGAAGGUUUUCUGAGCUGGUACGGUUCAAAGCCUGCAUCCUGCUGCGGGAGCCUAUGAGAAGCGACACGUUCAGGAAAUGAGCUUUAAUUCAUAGAGGGUCAAUGAAUAGAAAUGAAGUCACAUCCCACUGGGUGACAUACUGAGCACCAAGACCAAUUUCAUUUGAGAGAUUAAUUUUCUUACCGAGGUUGUCAUGAAACACC